AUGCAGGAGUCGACCUCGUGCUACGUGCCGCAGACGUUCCCGACGCCGCCGAAGGUCUUACCACCAGACCAGCGAACGCACGAGCUCUAUGUUCGCGAGCUGAAUUCUUACCUCAUGUUUGUGGCAAGGAAUCCGCAGGCUUUCCAGAACCAGGUGGAGAUGCGCCUCCAUGUGCGUUUGGGCAUGUCGCCCGAGAGAAAGCCGGAAUCGCGAAAGCAGAUCAAUACGGCGGACGAUGCUGAGUGGGUCACUGUCGUUCUGUAG